CGAAACAAAGGACAUAAUAUCAACAUUUUGUAAGACGGUUGUUUUGCCUAUUAUUGUAUUUUAGAGUUAUUUUCUGUAGUUACAAUGGAAGGAACAGAUGAAGUCUCUACCACAUCGGGUUCAAUAUACAUAAAGUCACCAGCACAGACAACCUCUCCGUUAUUGAGACCCGCAGCAUUAGGUGCCAUAACACAAGAGGAUUACCAGCAGCAAUACUGGCCCAUACUUGACAAUGCUGUGCGUCAGUUACUAGCCAACUCCGGUAGCUAUGUACCAAUAUCAUAUGAACAAAUGUACAGUUGUGUUUAUAAAUGUGUUUGUCAACAACAUUCAGAAAAGAUGUAUGAAGAUUUGUUUCAGUUGAUCAAAGAACACCUGUCCUCAAUCCAUUGUGAAUUACAAGACCUUCAUCAAUCCAAUCCUGACUAUUUCCUUGAGCGUUUCCACCAAGCUAUGCAAAAGUACAAUUAUUCCUUGAAAGGCAUAGUCCCAAUUUUCAAUUAUAUGAAUAGAUUUUAUGUUACGCACAAAUUGAAUACAGACCUGCAUCUAGAACUUACAAAUCUGUUUACAGUCUAUAUAGUACAAUCUCAGGCCAGACAGGUGAUAAGGCUACUUGAAGAGGCUCAGAGCAGACCAUUUGCAGUAAAGCCCGCCACAGCCGCAGGCAUCAUCAAAGGCCUAUACUCAUUAAAUCCAGAGUUUGCAACAUUGAAUCCAAAGCUGUUCGCAAAAUACAUUCCAAAUGUCCUGCCACCAACACGAAUUGAAGACUUGCCAAUGUACGCGGAGGAAGCUCAACUCCUGCAACAGGAUCUCCAGGAAGAGCAAGGCUUCUCAAGGAUACCUCAAGAUAGGAAACGAUCAAGUGAACAAGCCCUAUUAAGUUCAUUACCCAUCAUGCAGGAGAACACCUGAAGAUUAUUGAAAGUUCAAGGGUAAAUUUACUUGCAGGUCAAGGGUCACUGAACCAUUACGAGGCCUAAAAAAAAUGUGCUGGAAUAUUUAUCAACCAAAGAGAGAGAGGGAGUUGUUACCUGUUCAUGUGAAAUUUGUCUUUCAUGUAAUUUAACACAAGCGCUAUUUUAUUUGAAAUUGUGAUUUGAGAUUACAGUGAUUUUUAAAAAAUACUCAUGAUUAUCAUUUUAGUAGGUUUUAAUUGUUAAAAUUUUUCCAACAAGAGUUAAAUUGAGUAUUUGAAUUAAAACUGUUUUAAUUAA